GUGAUAAAUUAUUUAAAUAAACCUAAUUUUACAUAGAGCAAUAGACAUGCUACUAUCACAUUUAGUGUUCAUGGUCAAGAGAAAGUUGGUAACCAAUCAAGAUAUUAUGACACAAUGUUUUUAUGAUUAUAAAAUGUUAAUGUGGGCUCCAUAUACCUGUUACCUACCAUGGAAUGAAACUAGUUAAAUUUGAUCAGUUGACUUUGUUUAUUUAUAUUUAUUGUAUACAAACUUUUUAAUUAACCACAAACAUGAAGAUUCUUCUAUAUCUAGCUUUAUGGGGCAUAUUAUCUGUAUUUGGUGCAAAAUUUGAAGCUUUUUAUCCAAGAGAAGCAUAUGGUGUGAGCAAUGGAGCAUCUAGAUCACCUCACGGUCACGGAUCAUUCUACAAGUACCGAAACCCAGCUCUUGUAGAUGCUAAAAAUUCUCCCGCCUAUGGAUACAGAUUUGACGGGAAAAGGCGUUUCAAUUUUGAUAAAUAAUUUAUGUACAUAACAUGUAUUUAAAACUAGUAUUAAUGUAUUGUUCGUCAAUAUUAAUAAUGGUAAACAAAUAGUAAGAAAAAUCAGCAAAAUAUAGUAAUUCAAAUAAAAGUACAUAAACUAUAAAGUAACAAAUUAACCAAUUACUGAAUGUAUUAUAGCAAAGAUUUAACAAUAAUAAAAUAGCAAUUAAAGUUCAUCAAAAAAUUAAA